AGAGUUAUUUCAGUCCUUCUCAAUGGUUCAGAAAAUUAAUUUUUAUACUAGGAAAUCGGGAGAGGUCGAAACCAUGAUUGAUUUAUUAUUUACCAAUAGCAAAAACACUUCGUGUCAAAGAAUGGAUAUGCAUCGGAUCUCCGAUCAUGAGACAAUUUAUGUCAAGAUCGAGUUGGAGAAAAUAUAUAAAAUGAGAGCAAACAAAUUUAUUAUAUCUUGGGAAAAUUACACAAGUGAUAAUCUUCUUCACCAACUGAGGCAAUACAAUUACAGGGAUUUUUUCGAAAUUAAGCAUCGAUGAUAAAUCGAAAUUUUUAACUAAUAUCUUGUCGCAUUCAAUGGGCAUUCUAACAUACACUAAAGAAAUAAGGCUUAAGCUCAUGAACAAGUUGUAUGAUGCUGAAUUAGCAAACCUUAAUAAACAAAAGUAUAAUCUUUACAGGAUAGCAUUAGAAACAGGGGCAUGGAGUGACUACAAUACAAUCAAACGUAGAUACAAGAGGAUGGUAAAGGUUAAAAAGGUUAAAUACUUGGAGCAUAAAAUAACAGUUAAUAUUGGAGAUAGCAAAUCAAUGUGGAAGCAUCUAAAAAAUUGCAUAAGUAUGUCAAAGGAAAUAAACGCCAUUAAUAAAGUGUUAAUUCACAACAACUUGUACACAACGGAAAAUGAGAUUGCACAAUCACUAAAUAACUACUUUAUUGACAGCAUUAUCGAAAUUACCUCAAAUAUAGAACCUGGUAAAAAAGAAUCCUUUACGACUCCAAAUUGCACACAUAACUUUAAAUUUAUAGAAAUCGAAACCGAUGAAGUGCUUGAAAUUGUCAGUGGUUUUAAAAAUAAAAUUGGAGGAAAAAAACUAUUAUCUGAGGGAGUCAUAAAAGACUCUAUAACAUAUACAGGGUACUUUUACACGCAGUUAAUUAAUGAAAGCCUAAAAUAUGGUGUUGUUCCUGAUCACUGGAAAACUUCUAUUGUUGAGCCAAUUGAGAAAGUCAAGAACACAAUCAGAGCCGACGAGAUGAGACCAAUUAAUACGUUGCGUAGUGAUGAAAAAAUUCUUGAAAGUCUGGUUUUAGGAAAAGGCACUCGUGUGAAACUGCACUAAACUUAGUAUUAGCUCGCUGGAGAGAAGAAUUGAGCAGAAAUAAAUACAUAGUUGCCGUCUUCUUAGACUUAAAGCGCGCAUUUGAGACCAUCGAUCAAGAGUUACUUCUAAAUAAAUUGAGUGAUAUAGGGAUACGGGGCGUUGAGCUAAAAUGGUUUCAAAGUCUUAUUACAAAUGGUUACCAGAGAACACAGAUUGGAUCGUCGGUAUCUGACAAAAGAAGUAUAGUGGUUGGUCUACCUCAAGACUCAGUGCUAGCACCUAUAUUAUUUAAUAUAUACAGAAAUGAUAUUGCCAACGGUAUUAAAUAUUGUGAUAUUAAUCUUUUCGCUGAUAACACGUUAAUCAUGUUAAGUGGUGACCAUAUUACUGAUAUUGUUUCAAAACUACAAGAUGACUUAAAUAAAAUAUAUAAUUGGCUAUGUUUAAACAAACUUAAAAUAAAUUUAAGUAAAACCAAAUACAUGGUCAUAUCCAGAAGAAAUAUUGAUAUGCAUGAACUUCGUAGUUUAAACAUAAACCAACAAAAAAUAGAAAGGGUGCGGAGCUUUACGUACUUGGGUAUAAAAAUUGAUGAGAAGCUACAGUUCAAUGAUCAUAUUGACUAUACCGUAAGCAAAAUAGCAAAAAAAAUGUACUUUAUGCGGCGUACUUGCAAAUUACUGAAAAGGAAAUAUAAAAUAAUGGUAUAUGGAUCAAUAAAAAAAACCUCUCCUCAAUUAUUGUCCAACAAUUUUUUUCAUAAUGAAUGAUAGCCAAAUUUAUAAAUUGCAGAAACAACAGAACCAAGCAAUGAGAUUCAUUCUUCGAAAACGAUAUGACACGCCCAUUAGAGACAUGUUAUCAGCCCUUGGUUGGCUAAGUGUGAAACAACAGCACUUUUAUUAUGCGAUGAAAUUUGUUAAAAACAUUAUUGAAGAUAAUUUACCAGAAUACCUAAAGAUUAACUUAAAGUAUGGCAGCAAUGCACACAAUAAAGAUACACGUAAGAAAAAUGACUUCAAUUUACCCAUGUUAAAAAGCGAAUCUGAUAAAUGUAAUCUUUAUUACAAGGGUCUUAAAAGUUAUAAUGAAUUACCAAAUACUGUCAAGCAAUUUAAUAACAUCAAUGAGUUUAAAAGAAAGUUGUUUGAAUUUUGUAAAUCUAUCCCAAUAUAAUGUAAUGUAUUACUUUAUAUCUGUUUUCCGUUUACUAUUGUUCCGUAAUUUCAACUUGUAAUUGCCAUGUAUGAAUGCCCUUCCAAAUGAUUUUA